AUCAUGAACCUAAUAAAAAUAGUGGUACAAACAACUUUAUCUUAUUUUUGAAAUGAAAUCAUUUAUUCAUAGAAAUAUAUCCGUUUAUAAUUAACACCCGACAACACUGGUGUAUAAAGUUGGUGUACAUUUCGCGUUGUUUGUGAUUGUUUAUUUGGACGUACAGAUUGUUGUGUUUCAUUAAUUUAAAAUUAAUUUUGUUGAUUGUUUAAUAGCAGCUGUUAAUAUUAUUUUAAAUACCACCAAAAUCUGCUAACAGAUUGUUAUUAUGUUUUGAUUAUUUAGCAAACCACGUUUCUAUUCAUAAUGGCGUCGGUUUUAUCCAGUUUGAGACAGUCGCUGCCAUGUAGAGAUAUUCAAAUCGACCAGCUCUAUAAUCUGUUUGCAUAUAAAGAUGAGCCUCAAAUUGAAAGCGUUUACGUUUAUGGAGGAACAAGUAGCGGCAAAUCAAUUGUGGUCACUAGAAUACUCGAAGAACUGCAAAUCAAUCAUGCUUUAGUGAAUCUGAUCGAAUGUUAUUCAUCAAAGAUUUUGUUUGAAACGAUUUUGAAUAGCAUUUCCGGACACCUAUUGGAUCCUAAAAAUCCCGUUCCCUACGCGAAAUGCGACAAAUUUGUGGACUUUCUCAACAAUGUACAGAAAUGUAAUAAAAUGAAGAAUUUGGAUGGGUUUGUCCUGGUAUUGGAUAAUGCCGAGGAACUGAGAAAUAUGGAAUUUAAUUUACUACCGUGCUUUCUGAGAUUAAAAGAACUUACUGGAAUUUCAUUACCGGUUAUAUUUAUUUCGAAAAUUAUUUUCGAAAAGUUUUACACGAAAGCCGGAGCUGUGGAACCGAUAAAAUUAUAUUUUCCCCAAUAUAAUAAAAACGAAUUACUUGAAAUAUUAUCUUUGGACGUAGAACAAGUUAAAAAGAUAGUUUUCAAACAUUUCAACAAGCCAUUAGAGUUUGAUAUAAACUUUUAUAAAAAUUACUUAAACUUAUUUUUAUCGGUUUUCUAUCGAGUUUGUAGAGAUGUUUCAGAACUUCGAUAUAUGUCGAGGAUAAAUUUCAUCAAAUACUGCGAACCAGUGAUUUAUAAUCAACAUUCGCUUCAAGAUUCGAUGGCGUUGUGGCGUAACAUCGCUCCUAUAUUAAAACAAUCCUUAGAAGCACUGUAUUUGAGAGUAGAUACUUUGAAGCCCGCAAAUUCCGUUAAAGAAAAACCGAUGCUAACUUUAGAACUCCCGUUUUAUGCUAAAUAUUUGCUCAUUGCGGCUUACUUGGCUAGUUAUAAUCCCGCAAAAGACGAUAAGAAGCUUUUUAUGAAACACCACGGUAAACAAAAAAAGAAGUUGAAAGACAUUAGAGCUAAAAGUAAAGUUAGUGAAAGAUUGAAUACUCAACUAGGACCGAAACCAUUUGUGUUCGACAGACUGUUAGCCAUUUUUUAUUCCAUAUUGGAAGAAAAAGAUAAUAAAAUGGGUUUUAACAAUAAUUUAUUGGUGCAAAUUUCAAGUUUAAUAGAAUUGAGGUUAUUAUCUUCAGUUUCUGACAGUUGUGUGUUGGAUGGACAGAAAUACAAAUGUAACGUUAAUUACCAAUUUAUCGAAACUGUUUCGAGAUCUGUUGGAUUCGAAAUAAAAAAAUACUUAAGUGAUUUCAGUCAUAUCUAGAGCAUUGUCAUUUUCCAAUUUUGUUGAAAUAAAAAAUAUAAAUUGAUUCUUCAA